AUGGGCAAACGAAAGAAGUCGUCUCGCAAGCCUACCGGCCCUCGAAAGCGCGAGCCGCUGGAGACGACCUUUACCUGUCUCUUUUGCCACCAUGAGAAGUCGGUGAGCGUGCGGCUUGACCGGAAAGAGGGCAUUGGGCACCUCGUGUGCAAAGUUUGUGAUCAAAGGUUCCAGGGCAAAAUACACCAUCUCUCCGAGGCAAUCGACAUAUACUCGGAAUGGAUAGACGCCGCCGAC